AUGUUGCAUUCCAUUACUAUUUUCAUUUCUCAGGAAGAAGAAGAGGAGGAUCGGCCUGUAAUCCUGCUCACCUGCUGGGUGCGAGAUAGCGGCAGCAUGGAUUUCGAACUCCGUGUUAUUGAAGCUAUCACAAACAACUUUGCAGACGAUCAGAUAGUUGGCAGCGGUGGAUACGGAGUUGUUUACAGGGCGACCCAUGAAGGGGAAGAAAUUGCCGUGAAGAAGCUUCGUCAACUGCCGGGACUCGGUGAUAAGCAGUUCGACAGCGAGUUCCGCAACCUUCGUAACAUACGCCACCAAAAUGUUGUGCGGCUAAUUGGCUACUGCUACGAGUCUCGGCAUAAAUACAUGGAUCACAACGGGGAUCUUGUUUUCGCUCAAAUAAUGGAGCGAGUGCUCUGCUUCGAAUAUAUGCACGGCGGAAGCCUCGAUGAACACAUUCAAGAUAAAUCUUGUGGACUUGAGUGGCCCACAUGUUACAAGAUUAUUAAAGGUACUAGUGAGGGACUAAAUCACCUUCACAACUCCCAGGGAAAACAUAUUUACCACCUAGACUUAAAGCCUGGAAAUAUUUUGUUGGAUGAAAGUAUGACGCCCAAAAUUGGAGAUCUUGGUUUGUCAAGACUCGUUGCUUCAACAAAAACACGACAAACAGAGAUGCGCGAUGGAACACUCGGGUUUGUGCCACCGGAGUACAUAAAGGAUGGCUUUAUAUCAAAGAAGUUUGACGUGUUCAGUUUGGGCGUCAUAAUUAUAAAAAUGUUGGCUGGGAAUAAGAACUACGUCCGCUGUUCUGAAAUACCCCCCGAACAGUUUAUUCAGCUUGUCAGUGAAAACUGGACGAAAAAGUUGCAGGAAAAGACAGGACAUUCCUCACACGAAAUAGACAUCCUAGGAGUGACUUCAUGUGUUGGGAUUGCACUAAGGUGUGUGGACAACGACAGAAACAAAAGGCCAUGUAUCAACGAUAUUGUGCAUGAACUGGAUCAACUAGAAGCUAAGCUUAAAGCAAUGUCACUAGCUUCUGAUGUGUCAAAAGACCUCACUGCUGUCCAGAGCAGCUGUGACACGAACAUUAUGUCGGUGGAUCCAACCAUGGAGCUGCGGUUCCCCUUUGAGCUAAGGAAGGAGGCGUCGUGCUGCCUACAGCUGACCAACAAGACGGGUGGCUUCAUCGCAUUCAACAUAGAGAUCAACCCGAACAAGUACAGUGUGCGGCCAAGCCAAGGGACCAUGCCGCCGUGCUCCAGGCGUUAUGUUGUCGUGACGCUGUCAGCGCAAGAGGUGGCACCGCAAUACAUGCGAUGCGAGGACAUGCUCCUCGUGCAGAGCACCGGUGUCAGCCAAGAUCUUGGUGAGAUCAACUAUCAAGAAUUGUUCAAGACGGCCAUGGCGAAUCAGGUGGUUGAUGAGGUGAAGCUGCCGAUCGCUUAUGUCACAUUAGACCAGUAG